UGAGACUCAAUGCAUUUUCAAAAGACUUUUAAGCAGAGGAAAUUGACCUCUUAACGGAGACAUCAGUCACACUGCUGCCACACGUUUUGCUUUCUAAUCGUUGGCUGCAAGUUUAGCCAGGUUAAUUACCUGUUAAGCCUCUGCGAUUGAAGGAAGUCAAGAGGAGUAGGAAAAACAGAGGGACAGGAUAGUGUGCAGCCAUUCUCAACACAAGUGAAGCACCGCUCAAGGAGGACAAGAAGGGCUGGACUUCUUGUUGUUUUCUUUUCUCACCAUUUAGGAGAGGGAAUUAAGCAUGCAAAAGGCAGGAGAGAGGACCCCCUCUUCCACUUCUGUCGACUCAGCAGCAACAGAUAGUGCCAAAGAUGAUACUCCAUCGGGUUCAGUCUCGGAAGCACCCAAGAAAUCAUCAAAGAAAUCCAGGAAAACCGCUGAAAGCAUGACCAAAGUCUACAUCUCCGUACUCGACACUGUUUUUGGGGCAGAGAGAGAAUUAGCUCAGGCUGAGUUGGACGAGUUGCAAGAGGCCUUCAAAGAGUUUGACUACGAUCAAGAUGGAUACCUGAACUACAAGGAUGUGGCUGAAUGCAUGAGGACAAUGGGAUACAUGCCCACAGAAAUGGAGCUGCUGGAGAUAGUUCAACAGAUCAAGAUGAGAAUGGGCGGGCUAAUGGAUUUUGAGGACUUUACUGAACUGAUGGGACCCAGGAUGAUGGGAGAGACGGCUCACAUGCUGGGACUGAAAGAGCUCCAGUCGGCCUUUGUACAGUUUGACCUCGAUGGAGAUGGAAAGAUCAACCAGGAGGAGCUGAAGGAGGCAAUCAAGUCGAUGUUGGGGGAGAAGCUGAAGAAAGGAGAGCUGGAAGAGAUCAUAAAGGAGCUGGACAUCAACGCGGAUGGAAGCAUUGACUUUGAAGAGUUUGUGAUGAUGCUCUCCAUUCGCUAGCUGCUGAAAGGACGGACAAGGACAGGAUACACAACGCUUUGGAAACAUUCCAUAGAUAGUUAACACAACUACGAUCUAAUAUUAAUAUAAUUCAGCAAUCUUUGUCACGUAGGUAGAGACAUAAUGUGUGCCUAACUGUAAUCUGUAAUUUUAUGAAUGGUGAAUUGUUAAGAGU